CAGUGAUGCUCACGCUCCCUCCUCCCUCCCCUUCUAAAAUCACUUUACCCCGGGUCCGUCCUUUAACUUUCUCAUAACUAUGACGUCUAGAUUGCAAAGGGGAUUAAAGAUUGGGAUCUGGGACCGCCGUUGCAUAAUUAACUCCACCACCACGAGGAACUGAGUUAUUCCUCAGUCUCGUCGGAUACUCCUGACAAAGUGGCACAACGUGGGCGGUGCGUCUAAGGAGACGAUCUAUAGGCUACACCACCACCACAGCGGCUCCGCGCAGGAGUCCAGGAGCUGGGGAAUGAAGCGGCGGGGCAUGACGGUGUAACCUGGCGGAGAGUAAACCAUGCAUGUAAAAGGAGUUUUGGUCCGGGGCCAGCCUUGAAGGGUGAAGUGGGUAGGUGCAGCGUGGUGGUGCCCGUCUCAUGGUGCGCGUCUCUCCAAAGGUGGAUUCGGUUUCCAGUCCUGUAACACAAACUGACGGAGCGACUUCAUUCGAGCAGGCUGUUCGGGGAGAAACCAAGCCGAGCGGAAAGGACAGUUCAUCACCCGGAGGCCAACUGAAAUAUUUCUCCCGGGGUUUGUCAUUAAAUUAUCGUAAUGGAACAUGAUCUCUGAGAGUGCGGCUCGUUUGGAGACUGGUUUCUCUUGUGGCUGUGCGCGCCCUCGCCGCUGACAUUUCCAACAACAUCUUUGGCACCAUCGAGAAAAAACAAAACACAUUUUUGUUGUUGCGACUUUUCUUUUACUCAGUUAAACUCUGAGGAUAGUGUCGGUGGAGUGUGCAGAAGCGCAGCGAGGUGGAUUAAAAAAAAAAGGUUUUUAUCAAGUCACAAGAAGACAUCUGAUGACACAUGGAAAUUAUGUGAAAAAUAAAGAUCUGGAAAUGCGUCGCAAAUGCUUCUUUCUGCUGGAGGUGUGCGCCAUGGUAAGCCUUCUGCCGUCAGCCUCGUUAGCAGAUUUGACAUGUGAAGCUCUGCUCAUGCUGUCCGGGAAUUUCUCUCUACAGUCCCUGGCAGCCUCCUGGAACCAAACCCUGAGCAAUGCCACAGGUCAGUGGACCGGCUCAGGACUCUACUGUGACACCUCCAUCGAUGGCAUUGGCACCUGCUGGCCCAGGAGCAGCGCUGGUCAGAUGGUGUCGCGACCCUGUCCAGAGAUGUUCUACGGCGUCAGAUACAACACCACCAAUAAUGUUUAUAGGAAAUGUCUUGCAAAUGGGACAUGGGCGUUGAAGGGGAACUACUCCAUGUGUAAGGCCAUACUUCACGAGGAGAAAAAAGGCAAGAUGCACUACCAAAUAGCUGUGAUCAUAAACUUCCUGGGUCACUGCAUCUCGAUGGUGGCUCUGCUCAUAGCCUUCUUCCUCUUCUUGUGUUUGAGGAGCAUCCGCUGCCUGAGAAACAUCAUCCACUGGAACCUCAUCACCGCUUUCAUCCUGAGGAACGCCACCUGGUUUAUCGUCCAAAUGACCAUGAGCCCCGAGGUGCACGAAAGUAACGUGAUUUGGUGUCGCCUUGUCACUGCCUCCUUCAACUAUUUCCACUCCACCAACUUCUUUUGGAUGUUUGGCGAGGGCUGCUACCUCCACACCGCCAUCGUCCUCACCUACUCCACCGACAAGCUGCGCAAGUGGAUGUUCAUCUGCAUCGGCUGGUGUAUACCCUUCCCGAUAAUUGUGGCAUGGGCCAUUGGGAAGCUCUACUACGACAAUGAGAAGUGUUGGUUUGGGAAGCGAGCUGGCGUGUACACAGACUACAUCUACCAAGGACCCAUGAUUCUCGUGUUGGUGAUCAAUUUCAUUUUCCUCUUCAACAUCGUGAGAAUCCUGAUGACCAAGCUGCGAGCCUCCACCACGUCGGAAACUAUCCAGUACAGGAAAGCUGUGAAGGCGACACUGGUCCUCCUCCCGCUCCUGGGAAUCACCUAUAUGCUGUUUUUCGUGAACCCGGGGGAAGAUGAGAUCUCUCAAAUCGUCUUCAUAUAUUUCAACUCAUUUUUGGAAUCUUUCCAGGGCUUCUUUGUGUCAGUGUUUUACUGCUUCCUAAACAGUGAGGUGCGUUCAGCUGUGAGGAAGCGGUUCCACCGAUGGCAGGAGCAGCACUCCAUCCGAGCCAGGAUGACCCAGGCCAUGUCCAUCCCCACCUCACCUUCACGGGUCAGCUUUCACAGCAUCAAGCAGUCCACGUCGCUAUGAGAGAGGAGGCCGGCUUUUGUCCUACAUGUGUGCUUUGGGAGAAACCUCCAGCUGUCGUCGUCAUCAUUUUCUGCCACAUCACUGGAGUACACUAAAACACUUUCUGAGCUGGGGCUGAGGCUAGAGAGCAAGAGAGAGUGAGAGACUGCAUCAGUCUCUUAAACCUCAGGAGGGACAUUAUACAUUAGACUUUCAAGAGAAAAUGGAUGGGGACGGUGAAUAAGGACACUGCAGACUGACUUUAUGAAACGAGAGGUUAGUGGAUCAAGAGAUGCACGUGACCAAGCUAAGUUUGGAGUUUGGAUGUGAAUGUACAGCACUCCACAUUCUUUCAUGUUUGCCUGCCAUAGAAUUCUCUGUUGUAUUCCUGCUUGCACACUUUUAUUUUUGUAGCAACAACUUGGAUAUUGUGCCACUGGACUGCACUGAACUGGAUUCCACCACUCCAGCAGAAACUGGACUCGAAUGCUUACAGGGGCAUAGUCUAAGUUAUUAUAUAUGACAUUUUCAGAUUUUAUUUUCCUUUUUUUAUGUUCAUUUCGUCCUCACAAACAGCUGUCUGAUCAUAGUGUUUGUGUUAAUUUGGUGUCGUGCUAUCUUCCUCUCUGUUCUCCAUCAGCUUGGUUGCAGUCAUGUUGCUUUCAUCAACUUUCCAGAAGGGUUAAACACAUUCCAUACUUUCUACCUGAAGAGUUUUGUUCCAGAGUAAUGUGUCUGUGAAUACAUUUAUACAGAGUAAUUUGUUUUCUCUCUGAGAUUUAAAUGAGAAGAUUGAUACCACUCUCAUCACCAAAAAUCACCAAAAAUCACCUCCUGACUCCAGUCAGAAACUUAACAUACAGCUAUGAGAGUGGUCGCAAUCUUCUAACAUCAGUAACUCACAGAAAGUAGGCAAAGAAUUGAUUUUCCUAAAAUGCUUUGCUAAUUAAUUAUUAAUUUAUUUUUCUCAUAUAUUGCCUAAUUGUAGGGAUUAUUUUAUCCAAGCUGGAUGUGUAGUUUGACCGAAAUGAUCUUAAACCUGCUUUAACUCAAGUUUUGUUCGACCAUGAGACAUAUUAUCAUCCUAUAAAGCUGUUAUGAUGAACAUGUUAGCUAACUUAUUUCCAUGCUCAGUAGGCACAAAGCAGCAUUCAUUUAAAGUAUGUUUUUUGUUCACUUAAUGAAUGUAAGUCUCCCUUUUAGCUCUGGUUUUUGGUCUCCACCACCUGCUGAGGGAAAUAUCUGGCUCUGUAGCUGCUAAAUGCUCCACUGUGUUCACCAGCUGCUCUCUGACUGUGUCUGUCUGCUGUUUGCUGCUGAGCAGGUAGUGGAGAGUGGCUUUUUGGAGCUUCUUAGCCAAAAACAAAAGCUGAUGAGAGCAGUGAGACUGAACCAAAAGGUGUGGGCUGGAAAUCCAAAACAAUGAGC